AUGGAUGACAACGUAAUUGAUGAUGAAGAACCACUUGAUGUUCCCGGGUGUGUUAAAAUUCACCAUGUGGCAGGAUUUGAGGAAAAUGUUUUAGUGAAUGCAACUGAAUCUUCAGCAAAUGAAGUAGCAAAAGGUACCGGCUUACCACCUGCUAAAAAGAGAAAAGAAGUAUUGACUUCCAAUUGGAAAAGGAAGCAACCUAACUACUCGAAACUAUAUGAAAAUUCUGACGUUAUAGAGACAAGACGAAAUGAUGUCAUUAGACAAUUCCGGGGAAAAUCCCCGUUAGAGUGUUUUGAAAUACGUUUUGAUAAUGAAACUGUCACCUAUAUUGUCCAGCAGUCUGUAAUAUACGCCAGACAGAAAAACAAUCAUCAAUUUCAGCUUUCUAAUAACUGCCUAAAAAUUAUUGGAAUACUUCUUUUCACUGGCUAUCAUUCACUUCCGCAAGAACAAUUAUAUUGGUGCGAAGAUGAAGACAUGAUCAUUCUGUGUGUUAGAGCAUGCAUGAGUUGGAAUAGGUAUCUGGAAAUGAAACUGUACCUACAUAUCAGUGACAACUCCGAUUUAGAAGGAUUCCACUAG